AUGUCCUUUUCCCUCGCAUCAACAUCAAGACACCUCCUGAGCAAAACCAGGUCCUGCUCCUCCGCCACUGCAUGCUGUAGCAGCUUCGCCCACGCCAUGAUCGUCCCGCGGUCAUUCCACUCCGGCGCUGUCACACCGAUAUCCGCAUCAUCAAGUAACGGGCAGGGCUUGAGACAGAAGAUCCUAAUGAUGGAUGAGAUCAUUUUGGCCAAGAAGGACUAUGCGGAUCUGGCUUCGCGCUACGAAAUGAUCGUCAGUCGAGCUGGCAGUUUCCAAACUUGGUCCGGUCCAACCCCCCACUUGAAUGAUGCUCGAGAAUGCUGACCAGCGCCUGAUUUUUGAUUUUUCCCGCCAACCCGUUAGCCCCUUUCCUCCAAAACGCGCGAGGAGUUUAUUCAAGAUUGCGCUUCGGAGAACAAGUACGCCGGCGUGGAAGGGAUGUAUCGUCAUUUCAAAGGCGCUUCGACCAAAGUUACGGGCAGGUUCGAUCAUGAAUUGGUGCAGGCGUUACCGAAGAAGCUGGUUAGAGUUCUUUCCAUCUAGGAAAGAGAAUACGUUUAUGAUACUGAUACUUUGGUGUAUGACAGAAAUUCGUCACCCACAACGGAGCUGGUUACGAUCAAAGUCAGUACUCGGUGUGGCGAUCUCACUCUGAGCUUUCCCCCACUCAGGCUGACCGAUCCCUUCUUCCCCCUAGUCGACAUCCCCUCCUGCACCUCGCGCCAUAUCCAAGUCUCGAACGUUCCCGUAGCAGUCGACGACGCCACGGCCGAUACGGCGCUUUUCCUCCUCCUCGGUUCCUUACGUCAAUUCGGUCUUGCGCAAACGUCCCUCCGAUCGGGCACCUUCAACGCCGAUUUGAAACUGUCCCAUGAUCCUCGUCGUAAGGUCUUGGGUAUCAUAGGGAUGGGAGGGAUCGGAAGGGCUUUCGCGAAGAGGUGUAAGAGUUUGGGAAUGGAACUGAGGUACCAUAAUCGGAAUCGAUUGGACGAGGAAGUGGAAGCGGGGGCGAUCUACGUCGCGAAGAUGGAAGAAUUGUUGAAGACGUCGGACGUCGUUUCACUUAACGUUCCUCUGAACCCGAAGACGCAUCACCUUAUCGGGCCGAACGAGUUCAAGAUGAUGAAGUCGUCUUCGAUCCUUAUCAAUACUUCCCGAGGACCCGUAGUGGAUGAAAGCGCGCUCGUUGAAGCUUUGGCAAAAGGCGAGAUCGGGGGUUGUGGUUUGGACGUGUACGAAUUCGAACCCAAGAUCCAUGAGGGGCUUCUCAAGUCCGAGAAGGCCUUUCUCUUACCUCAUGUAGGUACUUUGACGUACGAGACGCAGGAGGAGAUGGAAGCGGUGUGUUUGAGGAAUCUCAAUCAAGGACUCGAGACGGGCAAAUUGGCGUUCACGGUCCCGGAACAAAAGGGGCAAUUUUAG